AUGACGCCAAGCGUGGGCCCCACUCAACAAGUACUGACCGUCGUUCUCGCAGAGCCCAGCGCCGUGGCCGCCCUGUCCGCGGGUUCUCACGCGUACUUUGUAUACCGCGAGUACGCCGUGGAGCGCCAGGCGUGUGGUGUCCGCUUGGCAUCCGCUAUAGCUCGAGUCUGCAAGAACGACCUGGGUGGCAACCCGGGAGUGAGAAGCAGGGCUUCCCGGUGGACGUCUUUUAUGAAGGUUCGCCUUCUUUGUACCGAUUACGCCCAAAAGGCCCAAACUGCCAAAGCAAAUUUCACAUUCGACGAAAUACGCGCUUCCUACUGGUUGCCCGACCUGGAGAGCGGUGUCCUUUUAGGCGCUUUCGUCACCUUCAAUCACGGCUAUCCGGACUCCGCUGUGUGUGCCUUCCGGCUGGAAGACAUCGAGCGGGCCUUCAACGGUACCAGCUUCUACGAGCUCAGCUUAUCCAGGAACUCGCUGAGCAAAAUUGUGAGGCCCGACGGUACGGCGUACCCGGGCACCGGGUCCGCCUGCGUGCCGGACUCUCGCACGCUGCCGCCGACGGGACCCGACUACCUGGCGACGCACCCGCUGCUCGCCGUGCCGCCCAAACAGCGCCACGGACGGCCUUUCUUCGCCCUCCCUGGCGUCACCUUCAGUGGCGUGGCCGCAAUGGUGCUGAAGGAGGCCUGGGGCUCCUGGCUGGUCUGCUAUGUGGCCACGGAGACCGGCUUGGUGAUGAAGGUAGUCGAGGAAAUCAUCGCCGGCGGCCAGGAUCCCGCUCCAGCCGCGUUGGUGGACGCAUUCAAUACAACAACAGAACCAAUACGUAAAAUGCUCGUCUCGAAAAAGCACCGGAGCCUGUACGUGUUCUCAGACGCUGAUGUUCGCCAGUACCGCCUAGACGCCUGCAAGGAACGCCAUUUGCGCUGCCCAGCCUGCGUGCGCGACCCAUUCUGUGGUUGGGAUGGCACACACUGUCUUCCUCAUGUUGGCGGACCGGCUGCCACCACAAGAAGAGCGUGCUGAAUAUCACACAGCCGCGAGCGUCUUUGAUAUAAGCGAUUGUAAUUACAGUUAAAUUUUGCCACAUAACUUAAUCGCAAAGCUUAAUGUAGUCGACGACGUUCUGAGCAAUCGGCCUUUUUUUAUCGCUAUUGCGAUAAAUUUUUAUUCUGUUCUUUACAGCUUUGGGCAGAGCAUCUUCCAUAGGUUAUCUUCCACGUGAUACACGUGAUCAGUGCAAAAUUAGGCAUGGUACAAAGAGGCGAAACCGACACCACCAAUGCUGGACGUUUUGUUUGGCACAAAAAAUACUAUCAAACGAGCGAAUAAUGUAUUGCUAGGCAGCGUUUAUAUCCUGGCCUCUGUCAAAAUGGUGGCUACAGGACCAAGCAUAUAUGAUCGUCUAUUUCCACUUCACCAGUAGUCUCCAAGGUCUUUGCCCCAUGCCGCACUGUGCACGCCGUUCAUCAAGUAGAUUUUUUUUUAUAUUUAUAUAGGCGGCUGCACAAAAGCACUGCGCAGCCACUAAUACCUAAUCCGCGCGUUUACAUCUAUAGAUCCCUACGAAAUUUUUGUUAGAGCAGCGUACAGAAUAGAAAUCUAGAUGUUAUUUUUGCACACUGUGAUAUUUCAAAAGAACAGUACUGGAUUGCUCAAAUACAAAACUCAUUACUUACGUUUCCUCUUUUUCAACUCUUAUUAAACUUAGUUUUCAAACGCUGUGUAUAACGCUGUGUGUACGACACUUGGGAUGCACAAGAACACAUAGUAAUCUUUCAUCGACAUCGCUUUAUUGGCCUGCCGGUGGUACAUAUUAAUUGUUUGCAUUUUAUUGCAUCAAAUGAAAGUUCGUCACAAUUAGCAGUUAAAUUAGCAGUUCAGCUAUGCUUCGCCGGUUCAGCCGCCGCCGCUCUGGACUACGCAGGGAUACCUUACUGAUUAUUUAUAAAAUGUAUGUUCGGCCCAUAUUAGAAUUUGGCUGCGUAAUAUUUUCCGGUGGCCCCACCUACAAAAUUAAACCUCUAAUACAUUUAGAAAAAGCUCUACGGUAAUGCCUCGGGCUACCUAGAUUUGUUGCCAAUGCUGUUUUAUAUCAGGCAGCUAAUGUACCCACCCUAGAUUGCAGAUUCCGCAUGCUUACGGUUCAGACAUUUUUAGAUAUUUAUGGCUUUUUAAAAAGACGUACGCAAUAUGCAUUUAUCACUGAACCAUCUGAGCUUUUUCAGGUAUCGUGGUCAAGAUUCCACAGUCCUGAGAUAUGAUUUGUGCAAGCGCAGUUACAACAAUUGGAUGUGUCCAUACGCCAAGUUUGUCAUUCAAAUGAUGCCUUAACAGACCCCAAAAUUGAGUUCGAGGACAUAUUUCCGAAUCAUGCUAAACUGUUACCAAGGCGAGAUUUAAUUAACAUCUUACACGACCAUCUACUCCAACUAACCACUGGAAAUGUAAUAGCUACUGACGCUUCUGUGUGCAAUAACAAGGCAGGAGUGGGAAUCUUCUCUGAAUCUCUACAAUAGUCUUACUCCCUUCGCCUUCUCGAUUUCACACCUAUAUUUCAAGCAGAAUUAUUAGCGAUUAUAUUAGCGUUACGAAAACUCCCCCGAAACGACCCAUUCGCUGUUAUUGUGAUCGACUCGCU